AUGAAGAUCCUGAAGCUGCCUUGGGUAGCACAUAAGGAGGAACAUCGAAAAUAUGAAGUGUACACGGCAGAUGUCAGCCCCGAUGGACAAAGAUUGGCUACUGGGGGGCUAGAUGGGAAAAUUAGAAUAUGGUCUGUCAAUGAUAUUGUAAAGUUUGCUGAUGAUAGCCAAGCCCCGCCCGAUGAGAGUAUGAGGAGACCGCUAGCAAGCAUGAGUAGACACACUGGUUCGGUUACUGUUGUAAGGUUCUCUCCUGAUGGCAAAUUCCUCGCCUCAGGAUCAGAUGAUCGAAUAUUACUCAUAUGGGAGAGGGAUGAAGAGCAAAAACAACCUGUGUUUGGGUCAGAAAAUGAUAGGGAACACUGGAAUGUCAAGCGGAGACUGGUUGCCCACGACAAUGAUAUACAAGAUAUCGCCUGGGCACCUGAUUGUAGCAUACUAGUUACUGUCGGGUUGGAUAGAUCUGUUAUAGUGUGGAAUGGUUCUACUUUUGAAAAGAUAAAGAGAUUCGAUGUACAUCAAUCUCUUGUGAAAGGUGUCAUAUUUGACCCGGCUAAUAAAUACUUCGCCACUGCGUCUGAUGAUAGAACUGUCCGUAUUUUCAGAUAUCAUAAAACUGGUGAUUCAAGCUUUACAAUCGAACAUAUCGUUACAGAUCCUUUCAAGGGUUCUCCAUUGACAACGUACUUCCGUCGGCUUUCUUGGUCGCCCGAUGGCCAGCACAUUGCAGCACCUAAUGCAACCAAUGGACCAGUAUCUUCAGUAGCAAUUAUAUCCAGAGGAACUUGGAAUAGUUCCGUAAGUCUCAUUGGACAUGACUCUCCCACAGAAGUAGUCAGAUUCAAUCCGCGGCUUUUCCAGGCUAGUCGAUCAACACAAAAAGAUAUUCUAAAUACCAACUUAGCUGAAGAUACUCAUUCUGGAAGCAACACUGGGGAUAAUAAUGUAGAUGAGCAGAAAGAUAAAGAGAAAGAGAAAGAGAAAGAGAAAGAGAAAGAGAAAGAGUUGCCUAAUGAACAAGAUGCGCUGAAGAUGGAAGAAGACAGCACGAACAGUAAAGCAAAAAAGCAAGCUGGGUCCGAGAACAUCAUAAAUUCUGAAAGCUCUCAAAGUAAAAACGAAGAGAGAGUUGAUUCCAUAGUUGCUUCUGCUGGACAAGAUAAAACUCUAGCAAUUUGGAGCACAGGGAAGGCCAGACCAAUCUUGGUUGCCUAUGAACUUACAAGCAAGUCAAUUACAGACAUGUCCUGGGGCCCAAACGGGGACAUUCUGUUUUUGACCUCUUUGGAUGGAUCAAUCAUUACUUUAGUAUUUGAGAAAGACGAAUUAGGUGUUGCUAUUCCACUCGAUCGCAACGCUGAACAAUUGCAUAAAUAUGGUGUUGAUAAGGAUUCACUUGAAUUUCCUGAAAGUGUGCAGCAACUGGAGCUAGAGGAUGCUGCGAGAAAAUUAAAGAAACCAAAGCUAGAUACUAUACCAACCUCUACCGCACUCGAUGAGCGAGUGAUAACAGUAGGGACUGUAGAACAGCCCCAGGUCCUAAGUGUGAGGAAAAAGAACUCUAAAAGUCUUAUUCAAACUUCAUCAACUGCGCCUGGUACUGUUGGCCAAAUACCAGCAGAAAGAAAGCAAGCUUUUAACAAAACAACCAUAAAAAAUGGAAGGAAAAGAGUUGCACCAACACUCAUAUCAUCGGGUUAUUCGCCAACCAAAUCUACACCAACGAAUGUAUUUAAAUUAACUUCUUUUGACACUUCUUCAAAAACAAAGGAAGAGGAAAACAUUCUCACAGGGGUUGAACAAAAGAUUUCAAAGAAUUCCUUCCCCAUGCCAAGACUCGGCGUGCACACUUUAAUAAUGGGCGUAAGGGAACGAAACAUGGUCAAAUUUUACAAUGAAGAGGACAGAAAGAGCGAAAAUGAGCUUGCUGAUGAGGAUGAAGAAAACAUUCCGCAUGAUUACCCUUUAACACUGAAUGCGAAAACAACUCAAGAUAAAAUCUGGACCGACGAAGCAAGUACAAGAUAUUUAGAGGUGUCGGACGUGCUGCCCGAUGCAGAUGUUAUACUCGUCGAGUUCGGAAGCUUAGACGAUUUAUACAUUCUCGAAAUCCGCAAUGGAGUAGAGAGAGCUCUACAGUUCGAUCAGGACGCUCUAUACGAAAAUCCUACAAAGUUAUUGGGCUAUCACAAAGGUGAGAGAGUUAUAAAUGUUUUACUACCGCAUGUGGUGAUAUGUGCUGUAGGCUCGUCUAAGUGCAAGUGUUGGGCUGUUGCUACGGCAGAUGGCUGUAUUUUCCUAUUCACCACCAAUGGCCGGUAUAAGCUCCCCAAAAUUUCCCUUGGUCACAAAGUCGUCAAAGUUGUUGCUAAUGCAGAAUACCUGGUUGCUCUCACUGAAACUGGAUUACUAUAUGCUUGGAAUAUAGAUAUUCUUACAUGUAUUCAUAAUGGUGUUUCAAUCCUACCUAUCCUGUGCAACGAACCAGUGGACUCGAAUAGAGUACGAAUUUCAAAGAGAGUUAUGGAUAUUGGAAUCUCCUCCGAAAACUUCGACGUUACUGUGAAGAUGAUUAAUCCUACAACCUCUUACACAUGGCGUUAUAGCCUUGGCUGUUGGACAGUGUCAUAA